AUGACACGACACGUCCUGGAGGUGGACCUCGACGUGGUCUUGCACGUGGACGCGGACGUGGACGCGCACCACAACCCGCUCAACGUCCACCACCUCGGCCAGUACCACCACCAGCUCAACCCGUUCCAGCCGUCCGUCGACCAGCCUCUCAGCGACCAAACACCAACGCAACCAAUGCCUGCGGCUGCGACAUCAGCUCCAGCAGUACCCGUUCGCGAUCCUGUCGCCCCAAUGUUGCCUCCUCGACCAGCUGUUCGCCAACCAGCUGGCGGAUCUACGUCUCGUCUGCCGACUACAGGCAGUUCAAGCGGCCAGCCAAUUGAGAUAUCAUCGGCAGAGUCGUCGUCCAGUGACGAUUCCAGUAUGGAUGUAGACUCCGACGCCCAUCUGAAUGCUGCUGAGCCCACCGCCCCACUACCGCCGUCACCGCCACCACAGGAUGAGGACUUCAACAUGGAGCUCUCCGACGACCCCAUAUCCGACUCCGACGCGCAAAAUACCCCCCUUCCCGCACCAACGUACGAUGAAUACGCGGACCUACAGUACCCCGUCGUCCGGUCUUCACCAGGACCACGAUACGAAGGCCAAACCGACGAUGAGGAACAAGAUCUCACCCUUCAAUCACCACUCUACCCACUUCCGGAAUUCGAAGAGAGACCAGAUGAUGAGCACGAAGACCUCACCCUCCAAUCACCACUCUACCCAGGUUCUGAGUUUGAGCAACCACCGGAUGAGGAAGAAGACCUCACCCUCCAAUCCCCACUCUACUCCAACUCAGAGUUCGACCACCCACCAGACGACCAGAUCGAAGACGAACAAAUGUCCAUCGCCCCCACAUCACCAGGCUCAGGCGGCCUCUUCGUGCGAGACGAGACAGAAGCCCAAAAUUUUGAGGCAGCGUUGGCAUGGGAGGACGAUGGUACACAGCAAUCCGUCGUGGAGUCUGAGCUCGGACAAGAAGAGGAAAGGCCGGAUAGUGAAGACGGGGAUGCGAUGACAUUUAUUGCGUCUCCUUCUGUUGCACCUUCGUCGGCUGUGCCUACUUCGGCGGGUACGGGGCUGUUUGUGUCGGAUGGGAGUGAGACGAGGGGCUUUGCGGAGGCUUUGGAGUGGGAAGAGGAUGAUGCUGAUGACGACGAUGAGGAGAUGGAGGAUGAAGGGGAGGGUGAUGUGGAGGUCAGGAGGCGAUAG